UUGAAUGAUUGAAAUAGGGAGCAUGACAUUGGUCUCACAUAUAUGGCCCCACUUUUAUUUGAUCUGAUAAUUCUUGGAUGUGGGGACAUAAAUCUGAUAGUUUAACAGCUACUGGGAUUUAGCCCUUCUAAACUUCCCCCGGAAUCAUUUUUGGUGAUAUAUGAUGUGCGGACGCACAACCUGCAGACAGUUUUUUAUAUCAAUUUUGAACAAGCUAAAAGAGAUUUUUCAUUAGAUAUAUUAUAAACUAUAAGGAAUUGGUGGAGACUCGCAAUUGAGAAACAAAGAAUAGCAAUCUCUCUUUGCAUGUAAGAGAGUGACGUAUCAACCGAAUAGUUGGCGAGCCUUGUCCUUGCACUUUGACACUUGAGCAUUUUCCAAUGUUAAUGGACUUGGGGAUUUUACUUCUCUGCCCCUGUGAUUCUUAACUGAUUUUAGCUACUGAUACCCAAUGGUAUAAGGGUAAUUUCAUAUCUUUGUGCCUAGAAUUUUAGUUGACCAUUGGCCUGUGAUAUAAGUAAAGCCGUUUUGUUCGGAUUCAUUUGUCUCAUUCGAAAGGAAAUAUCAAAGCAAGGAAAUCACCCUCGGGAGUUACGUAAAUGAUUUGAGAUUUACUCUUAUUUUCUAACUGCUACUGCAACUACUACCGAUCCUUACUCCUUAUUCUCUUCACUAUCUUUAACUACUACAUAAUUCACACCUAAAUUGAUCAGUGGGGAGUUCAUUUAAAUACGUAGUAUAGUCCUCUCAAUUCGAGCAUCGCUGAUAACACUACCCACGGGAUGCAAGGUUUGAGUGUUCGAAAGAUGCUGAAGAUAAUGCCAUCUAAAGCUUUGAUCACCAUAACCAAUUUUGUUUUCCUCACUGUCUUUCUGCUUGUUUAUGCCACCAUUCUUCCCCAUCCAUCUUCUGACUAUUUGGAGAAUGCGGGCUCCCUUGUGAGGUGCUCCUUGGGCGAAUGUCAUCACAAGAAGGCAGAAAAAAGCCUGAAAAUGAAAGCGGUAUUGGAAGAACCUCAAGAAAACCAACACAGGGAAAAGAAUGUAGUACCAAGCUUUUUUGGCGAGAUGGGGAAAGGAACGAGGAUAGGAAUGGUGAACAUGGAAGAAGGCCUUGUGAGAGAAUGGAGCACGCAUGGGGAAACCACGACGGUUCAUUUCCAGAGGGUAUCACAGUCUCUGAACUGGACAGACUUGUUUCCUGAAUGGAUAGACGAGGAAGAAGAGAAUGAUGUGCCGUCGUGUCCGGAGAUACCUAUGCCAGAGUUUGCAGAAUAUGGAUGCAUGGACAUCAUCGUUGCCAAGCUGCCAUGCAGGUAUCCCGAAAAAGGGUGGAACAGGGACGUUUUUAGGUUGCAAGUUCAUCUUAUAGUUGCGAAUUUAGCCACAAAGAAUGGGAAGAAGGAUUGGAGAGGGAAGACUAGAGUGGUUUUUUGGAGCAAGUGUAGACCAAUGAUGGAACUGUUUCCAUGCGAGAACUUGGUUAAGCGGGAAGGUGAAUGGUGGUACUAUGAAGCUGACAUGAAUAAGUUACAAGACAAAGUUUCAUUGCCCGUCGGUUCGUGUAAGUUGGCGAUGCCUCUCUGGGAACAAGGAAGGAAGGAGUUGUUGAAGAGUGAGAAAAACGGUGAAAGCAGAGGGAAAAUGAAGCGCGAAGCCUAUGCGACAGUGUUGCAUUCCUCAGAAGCAUACGUUUGCGGCGCAAUAACACUAGCACAAACCCUCCACCAAACAGGGACCAAACGCCACCUAAUCCUCCUCGCGGAUAAGUCAAUCUCCGUUCCCAAACGCAGGUCCCUAUCGGAAGCGGGUUGGAAGAUCCGAAUGAUUACCCGGAUCCGAAACCCAAGGGCAGAGAAGGGAAGCUACAAUGAAUACAACUACAGCAAGCUCCGACUGUGGCAGCUUACCGACUACGACAAAAUAAUCUUCAUCGAUUCCGACAUCAUCGUUCUCCGGAACCUGGACAUCCUCUUCCGCUUCCCGCAGAUAUCCGCCUCGGGGAACGACCAAUCGAUAUUCAACUCCGGGAUAAUGGUGAUCGAACCUUCGAACUGCACGUUCGGCGAGCUGAUGCGGCUUCGCGAUGUCAUCGUUUCGUACAACGGAGGGGACCAGGGGUUUCUGAACGAGGUGUUGGUGUGGUGGCACAGGCUGCCGCGGAGGGUGAACCUUCUAAAGAAUUUCUGGGCGAACACGAGUGCAGAGGCAAGGGAGAAGAAUGCGCUGUUCGGGGCGGAGCCGGCAGAGGUGUAUGCGAUUCACUACCUGGGGUGGAAGCCCUGGCACUGCUUCAGGGACUACGACUGCAAUUGGGACACCCUGGAGCAGAGGGUGUACGCCAGCGACGUGGCGCACCGGAGAUGGUGGAAGGUUCACGACGCCAUGGAGGAGGGUUGGCAAAGAUUAUGUGGGUUGACGAAACGGCGUCGCACUGAGCUGAAGUGGGAGAGGAGGAAGGCUCGGAGCAUGGGCUUUUCUGAUGGACAUUGGAAAAUCAAUAUCACUGAUCCCAGACGAUUUACCCCUCUUCUCAUCCAUUAGGUUAGUGAAAAUAGUUCUUAAUUAAAGUAUAAGUUAAACUAAUGAAAAUAAUUUAUUUAGAAAUAGUAAU